UAGUGCUAGUGAAUUACGAUCCUUAUUUUUUAGAUUCAUCCGUCUUUAUGAACUCGGCAUUCGCCCUGUCUUUGUGUUUGAUGGAUCCCAUCGCCCUGGCUAUAAACGCAAUAAGUUCAUCAACACAACACCCAUUGAUAAUGAGUUUAGGAGACAGUUGAUUCAGUUAAUUCAGCUUUUUCAAUUCAGUCAAUGGCAUGCCUAUGGUGAAGCAGAAGCGGAAUGUGCUAUGCUUCAACGACUUGGGUUUGUGGAUCUGGUAUUCACAGGGGACAACGAUGUGUUCCUGUUUGGUGCUCAACGUGUGGUACGACAAUGGCCAAGUAAACGAAACGAAGCCGUGAGUUGUUAUGACAUGCGAUGGGUAUCAGACACAGUAGGGCUAGAUCGCUCUGAUUUGAUCUUGAUGGCUCUGUUGCGUGGCUCUGAUUAUGAUACCAAAGGCACUAAGGGCAUUGGUAUUCAGGUCGCUACUCAGCUAGCCAAAUGUCGGUUCCAUCGAGGCUUGAUGGACGAUAUCCAGUUGACAGGCAGACAUGUCUCCUUGGAUGAGGAGCGUGUACAACACCUGUAUGAUGAUCUAACGUAUGAACUACAGCAUAACAACACAAAGAACCUGACCAAAAGACAUACAGGUAUUGUUCUGGACCCUACGUUUCCUGAUUUCUCUAUUGUCACUGACUUUAUUCAUCCAUUGACCAACAUAUGUCGGCCUGAAUCCAAGCUAAAAGCACAACGACUGGCCUCUUGUUUAGACCAUCAUCAAGAACCCAAUUGGACUGAACUUGCUCACUUUAUUCAACAUACAUUCAAAUGGCCAGCAGAGUAUGUAUUGAAGCGAUUUUCUUCUUUGUUGUUUCCUGCUUUUAUGAAGAACAAGAUUAGUCAACAGUACCAUGAACGGUAUCGACCUACACCCAGAGUACAACCUACAACACAACCGAGAUUAGAGGACUAUUAUCGACCUACAUCUCGUUUGUUUCGAGAUAGACAGCCUAGGAUCGUCCACAUCACGCACAAGAAACAAGCCCUGUGUCGAGUAGAAUGGCAUAAAUCAUGCUGGGAACAAUUCUUAAGCCUACUCAAGCCAAAAUUAGACUAUGAACUCUAUCAACAAGAAACAGACGUACUGGAUCAAGAAGUCAUGGAUUACAAGCAAGAAAUGCAAGCCAAUGAUAUUUUUGAUGCCAUUAAAAGACAAUGGAUAGCUGUAGACCAUAUUCAAGCCCUAUACUCUCACUUACAGACAAAUGCACUUUUUAUUCCCAAAAGAAAAAAAAUAAAUUAUUGAUAGAGUACACCAAACUUUCGUUGAAACUUGACUAAUUCUCGAUCAACGCGUUCAAGGAUAUCUAAACACGUCUCUUCUCUUUGCUUUGUAGCCUGAGUAGAGGCAAUAAAAGGUAUAGGUGUGAUUGGACUACUGCUGUUGCUACUACUGCUGCUAUCUUCUGUUGUAACAAAAUCAUCUAACAAAGGUACAGUAGAUGCACUACUGAGUGAAGAACAGGUAGAUAGUGAUCUUGGCCUUGUAAAAUACUCUUCUGUAUGUCUCUUUGAUAGACACUCUUCUUCUGACCUCAGUUUAGUGAUACAUUCCAUGAUUUGCUUGGCACGC